AUGAUGAUCCGGCUACUUUAUGUGCUGGUUGAGAAUGUAUGUGCUGCAUAUAUUUCUACGACUACUGCUGCCAUUGACAUUCACGUUGGCGUUAGCGGUGACGUUGACGGUGACGUCGAUGGUGAUAUUGACGCUGAGGUUAGCAUUAACAUUGGCAUUGACGUUAACCUUAACGUUGGUGUUAUUGUUCUUAAUGAAAAAGCUGAAUAUCGUUUUAAGACUACUGCUGCUGUUGGCGUUGACAUUGUUGUUCUUCGUACCUUUGCAGAACUUUCACCUAUAGGACCGGCCGUCUAUGCUACCUGA